AUGGAUGAUUCUAAACCACAACCUACACCUAUGACUUCUGGUCUAAAACUCACUGCCAAUGGCUCUACAUCUAUCCCCGACCCCUUCUUUUAUAGAUCAAUUUUAGGUGGCCUCCAAUACAUCACCAUCACCAGACCAGAAUUGUCCUUUUCCAUUAAUAAUGUCUGUCAAUUUAUGCAUAAUCCUCAAGAACAUCAUUGGAAGGGUGUGAAACGGAUACUGGGAUACCUACAAGGGACUGUCACUCAUGGUCUUCACUUAAGAAGACCAACUAAUCUGACCUUAAUGGCCUUCUCAGAUUCCGAUUGGGGUUCUGACUUGGUUGAUCGAAAGUCUACAACUGGAUACUGUGUGUACUUUGGGAACAAUCUUGUGUCUUGGUCAUCACGAAAGCAACAUGCUGUCUCUAGGAGUAGUACCAAAGCUGAGUAUCGGGGUUUAGCUGCUGUUACUACUGAAAUUGUAUGGAUCCAAUCACUUCUUAGUGAACUUCAAGUGAAUACUGCUACUCCAACAAUCUACUGCGACAAUCUUGGUGCUGUGAUGUUGGUUGCUAACCAUAUAUAUGAUUUGCAGAACAUAAUUUAA